GUACAGUUAACUAGCCAUUUUGUGAUUUAGCUAACGCCAUAUUGGAGUGUAAAAGCUGGAUGAAACAUCCGACGUUGUUCUUGUAAUUAUCACCUGUGGGAAGAUAAUUACAACGUAAAUAUGGCAGGAACGGGUGCAAACAGUGUUCCUCUUGGAGCUCUACACCCAUGCUUACGCGGCGGAGCUCGCGUAGGAGUAAAGUCGUCUGGAAAUGACUCGAUGUUGAACGCAGCCCGUGAAGCAGCCGCAAGAGUGACGGCGAACAUACUGAAACGGGAUCAUGGCGGGAUGACCGCCCGCCCACAGCAGGCCCAAGCCCCUCCCGGACCUGUGACAGCCGCUCACCACCCUCUGCCCGGUCAGCGCCAAACGAUUGAGCCUCUGAUGCAGACAUCUACCAGUUGGCCCAUGCAGCAGCAGCAGCAGCAAGCAGUGGACUCCAAGCGCCGCAAGAGAAGCCGCUGGGGAGGGGAAGACGCCAAGGCUGCCCCUGGAGUAGCUACUGUCAUCCCCUCUGGCCUGUCUAAGGAGCAAGAAACUCAAGUCUUAUUACAUCUGCAGAUAGAAGAGUUGAGCCGUAAACUGCGAACAGGAGAGCUUGGAGUGCCGCCCAAUGUUGAGGAUAGGUCUCCUUCUCCCGAGCCUAUCUACAACCAUGAGGGCAAGCGUCUUAACACGAGGGAGUAUCGGAUGCGCAAGAAGCUAGAGGAAGAUCGUCACAAGAUGAUCCAGGAUGCCAUCACGAUGAACCCCGAGUACAAGCCUCCUGCAGAUUACAAACCUCCUGUCCAGCGAGUGAGUGACCGGGUCAUGAUCCCCCAGGACCAGCACCCUGACAUCAACUUUGUCGGUCUCCUCAUUGGACCUCGUGGCAACACCCUGAAGAAGCUUGAGAAGGACACCACCACCAAGAUCAUGAUCCGAGGCAAGGGGUCGGUCAAGGAGGGCAAGGUCGGGCGUAAAGACGGACAACCCUUACCCGGAGAAGACGAACCUCUCCAUGCCCUCGUGACAGCUAACAAUGCUGAAAGUGUCAAGAAAGCAGUCAUUCAGAUUCAAGAGAUCAUCAAGCAAGGUAUCGAGACUCCAGAAGGUCAGAAUGAUCUGAGGAGGAUGCAGCUGAGAGAGCUUGCUCGUCUCAACGGAACACUCCGGGAUGAAGAUAUGCUCAGGUGCUCCAACUGUGGUUCGACGGAGCAUCGUACCUGGCAGUGUACAGAGAAACAGAACGUCACCAACAACAUCCUCUGCUCCCUGUGUGGUUCGGCCGGUCACAUCGCAGCCGAUUGCAGGGAGAAAGCCACGGGCGACCGCGGUCCAAUGUCCCAGCCCAUAGUCAACUCGGCUGACAAGGCCAAAAUGGACUCAGAGUACCUGUCACUCAUGGCUGAAUUGGGGGAAGGUCCCUUGCCAGGAGGAGGAGGGGGAGGCCCACCGAAGGGCAGCUUAGGUGGACAUGGAGGUGGUGGUGGUGGUGGACCACCCCCCAGGCAUUCCGCGCCCCCUAUGUCAUCGGCUCCCCCUCCCAACCGCCCCUUCAUGAUGCCUCCAGGAGGGCCAGGAGGGCAGGGGAACAAUUUUGAUCACCCUCCCCCACUGAUGGGUCAGCAUCUGAACGUACCAUGGAACAACCGCAACCAGAACAAGCCCCAAUCCCUGCUCAACUCAGGUCACUCACAGCAGCGUCCUCCUCUGGGCCAGGGUCCACCGCCCCCUCUCCCUCAUCAAGGAGGCCCCCCACCACCAUCCAACAAUGGUCCUCCACCACCCCAUCACAACCAGCCCCCAUUCAUGGGGGGCCCACCACGCCCCCCUCGGAUGAACAGACCCCCUCCCGUCGGUCCCCCUGGUGGCAUGCCGCCCAACAUGAUGCCCCCUCACAUGGGCCAAGGACCCCCAGGACCCCCUCAAUCUGGCGGAUUUAACCCCAUGAUGCCGCCCCCGCCUCGUGGGGGUGGACAGCUGCCGCCUUGGGCUUACCAUGGUGGCCCCCCUGCAUCUGGACCCCCUAAUCCACCAGCACCAGCCCCAGCACCAGUCCCUCCACCAUCUCUUCUUGUAGCCCCGCCCCCACCUCCACCCAGCAGUGAGCCGCCCCCACAACCCCCCACAAGUGCACCGUGGCAGAUUUCAUCUUCAAGCCGAGGGGUAGCAUCGUCUCCCCCAUCUCAGCCUCCAUGGCAGACACAGGCUAUCCUGCAACAGGCCCUAGCCCUCUCGCAGCCUCAACAGGCAGCGGCAGCCACAACUUCCGAGACCACCACAUCAACAACCAAGCCAGCUCCUGCUGUUCCUUGGCAACAGCUUGCUGCAGCCGCGGCUGCUGCCAAUGCUCCUCCAGCAAGUUCAGCAAGCAGCACUUCACCAGCCCUGCCCCCUUGGCUGCAGGCCUACACUGCAGCAGCAGCAGCAGCUGGGGGAGGGGGAGCCUCUUCAAGUACAGCAGGGGGGCAGCCCACGCCCCCUCACUGGGCCCAAGCAAUGCCCCCUCCACCACCCCAACCAGUGCCCCCUCCCUCCAUGCCAGGAAUGCCCCCCAUGGGGGUGUCCCGCCCCCACAUGCAGCCACCCAUGCCCCCCAUGCCAUACCAGCAGGGUGGUAUGCCGGACGUUGCGCCCCCUCCCCCUCCCCACUUAAAUGCCCCGCCCCCACCUCCGCCCCCUUCAAGCUGAGCACUAAACUAAACUAUCUCUCCUUUUGUUAUUAAAGCAUUUUAUCUUAUCCCGCUAGACUUUUAUAUGUCUGUCUUAUAAUACAAUAGAUUAUUUGUUAAUGAGAAAACUUAGCAAGUUUUUAGUUUCUUUUGCAGUAUCCAUACAUCUUGAUUACUUUCCCUUCCACAAAAUCCUACAAAAGCAUCUUUUACUUAGUCAUGUUUCUGUGUUUUGUGUCUGCUUCGAUGAGUAACAUUUUGCUUUCAAGGAUGUUCCUUGACUUUGAAGAAAAAAAGGUGCAUAUUCUCUGUUUGCAUAUCCUAAUUUUAGCACUUUUGAUAAUUCAUGAUUCUAAUCCAUAUUCUGAUGACAGGUUCAUAUUUAUAUAAUUAUUGUAUUUAGUGUGUGCCCAAGCAUACCUACAAACUCUAAUCUUUUCAUAUCAAGUUAAUGUUGGAUGACUGCGAUCCAAAUUGAAUGUUUAACUAUAUUGUAAUUCAAAGGUAGAUAUAUUUGGGGAUAUUCAACCAUGUAAUGUGUGGAAGUGGCUGGACUGUUACAAUACUUGACAUUUUUAGUUACCUUUUAGAUUUUAUUUGUGUGCUGCUAUGCCUAUGAUGACUAUUUAAUUGAAGCUAAAUUAUACAUUAUGAAACGUUUCUGAGAUGCAAUUUCCUCUUUCUUCUCGAAAAAAUGAGGUAAUUGAUUAAUAUAUUGAAGAAGAAGGGUAUAUGAGUACCCAUCACAUUCCAAUGUAAUUACUUCUUUGUCUUAGUGGUGUGUAUGCCAUAAACAAUACUAAUGAGGCAAGAUAGCAUGUCUGAGUAUAUGCGACUACUAUGUAUGAAUUCAAUAUCUAACUUUCGUUGUGUGUUUUAACACAGUGUUUGUUCAUCUCCAUUUGGCUCUAGUAUAGUAGAACCUCUUAAAGAACACUUUAAAAAAAAAACUCUCAUUAUAACAAGGUAAUUUUGCGUGUCCUGCUUUAUACUGUAUGGUAUUUUAGCCCUGAUAUAAUGAGGUUUUGAUAUAAAAAAAGGUGAUUUCCUCGGAUUUCCUAAAGAGUGUGAUAACGUGAUUUCACUGUAUAACAUACUUUAUUUACAGCUUUUAUUGAGAUUGAGAAAAGCAAACAUAUGCAUGUACUUCGGAAACAAUCUUUUUUACACUCUUUUUUAUUGGUUUGUUUUGAUCAUGUGUAGUUAUUGUUUUUUAGUUUCUAGCAGUGAUUACCUCUUUUAAUUUUUUUAUUUUAUGGGAUGAAAUUAUGUGUUCUGUUAUGAUAAUCUAUCAAGUGGGAAUAUGUAUGCAGAAAAAAAAAGAACCUGUAAAUUUCACCCUCAUUUCCUUGGUAGCUUAGAGGUGUAUGCCCUUGAUCUUGGAAGAGCAAAAUAUCAAGGAUUUUCCAGAUAUAUGUUCAUUGGCAUCAUUGCGGUUAACUUUUGCAUUUACAAUUGUACGAGAUUCUUGAUUUCAUUUUUUUCUUUUCUUUUUUAUAACUACAUGUAGUAGGUGAUGUAAACAUUAGAACCAUUAUGAAUGAUAACCCCAGCUAUAACUCUUUCCCUAAAUUAUUCUGAAGGAGGCAAAAACGCAUCAACACUUUUUUUUAUUUAGCAUAUUAAACUUUAUGUAGAGUCUUUUAUGGACAAAUUUUGUUGGCCUAGUUCUCACCAUUACAGGCAUUUCUAGCGUACCGGUAAUCAUGCUAUAGCACUAUUACAUAUUAGAAAGGGAUGAAUUUAAUGUGCUGUUGAUAUUAAGCAGCGUCUAUUCAGUUCAUGGGAUACACAAAGUGGUUACAUCGACAUGUAGAUUCAUUUCAGUGAUGUGAUAUGAUUUCAUCUUUCCAAGUUUAUUCGGUGUUCAUUUGGCUUUUUCUCUAUUUCUCUUUUCUAUGAUAUCCUAUGUUAAAGGCCAGAAGAGUGUUCUACACAUAGUUAAUACCUUUAAGGCUCUCAGUAUUGACAGAACAUGCCUCUCAUUUACCCUCUCAAUUUCUCUCUUUGAGGGGCUGAAUAAAAAGAUGUAGGUCUGCGUUG